AAAAAUAUGGCAGGUGGAGGAUUUGGUGAUGGUGGAAAUCUCAAAAGGGCUCAUCUUUAUGAAUACAAGAUUACAGGGUACUUCAUCUUUUCUUGCAUUGUUGGUGCUCUUGGUGGCUCUCUCUUUGGAUAUGAUCUUGGUGUUUCAGGUGGAGUUACUUCUAUGGAUGAUUUCUUAAAAGAAUUCUUCCCAAAUGUGUAUGAGAGGAAACAUGCACACUUGGCAGAAACAGAUUAUUGUAAAUAUGAUGAUCAAAUGUUGACACUUUUCACCUCAUCUCUAUACUUUGCUGCCUUGAUUUCCACAUUUUUUGCGUCCUCCAUAACAAAAAACAAAGGUAGGAGAGCCAGUAUUGUUGUUGGUUCCAUUAGCUUCUUCAUUGGAGCUGUCCUAAAUGCUGCUUCUCUCAACAUUUAUAUGUUGAUCAUUGGUCGUAUCCUCCUUGGUGUUGGCAUUGGAUUUGGUAACCAGGCUGUUCCCUUAUAUCUGUCAGAAAUGUCUCCUGCAAAAGUGAGAGGAGCAGUGAACCAACUCUUUCAAUUAACAACUUGUUUGGGAAUUUUGGUAGCUAACUUGGUAAAUUAUGCAACCGAGAGAAUUCAUCCAUGGGGAUGGAGAUUAUCUCUUGGUUUAGCAGUAGUUCCAGCAAUUGUUAUGUUUAUUGGUGGUUUGUUGUGUCCUGAGACACCAAACAGUCUUGUGGAACAAGGCAAAAUGGAAGAGGCAAGAAAGGUUUUGGAGAGAGUUAGAGGUACGCCCAAUGUUGAUGCUGAAUUUGAAGAUCUUGUUGAAGCAAGCAGAGAAGCACAAGCCAUCAAGAAUCCAUUUCAGAACCUUCUUUUAAGAAAGAAUAGACCACAAUUUGUAAUUGGUGCAUUGGCUAUUCCUGCAUUCCAACAACUGACUGGAAACAACUCCAUCCUCUUCUAUGCACCUGUCCUUUUCCAAACUCUUGGAUUUGGAUCUGCUGCAUCUCUUUAUUCUUCUGUCAUCACUAGUAUUGCACUUGUUCUUGCCACUUUGAUCUCAAUGUUUUAUGUUGACAAGUUUGGUAGGAGAGCUUUCUUUUUGGAAGCUGGUGCUGAAAUGUUCUUGUGCAUGGUAGCUGCAGCAAUUGUUUUGGCUCUAGGGUUUGGCGAUGGCAAACAAUUAUCAUUUGGUGUUAGUGUCUUUUUGGUUAUUGUGAUUUUCCUAUUUGUGUUAGGAUUUGGAAGAUCAUGGGGACCCUUAGGAUGGUUGGUUCCAAGUGAGCUUUUUCCAUUAGAGAUAAGGUCAGCUGCACAAAGUGUUGUGGUCUGUGUUAACAUGAUCUUCACUGCCAUUGUUGCACAAUUCUUCCUUGUAUCACUCUGCCACCUUAAAUAUGGAAUCUUCUUACUUUUUGCUGGCUUGAUUCUCGUCAUGAGUCUUUUUAUAUUCUUUCUAUUGCCGGAAACAAAGCAAGUUCCUAUUGAAGAGAUUUAUCUUCUCUUCGAGAACCAUUGGUUUUGGAAGAGAUAUGUAACAGAUGGAAAUCAAGAGAGAUCAUCAAGUGAACAUGCAUAAGAUGUCAAGAAAUUCAACAACAACAACAGCAAUUUGUUGGAUUUAUUAUUUAUCUACAUAAAGAUAUUCAACAACAAAAUUUGUUGGAUGUAAUAUAUUGUUGGCAUCUUAAGUUGGAAGAGUGCUAAGAAGAAUUAAAAGUGUCAGUUGUAGGCUUCUUUUUCCUUUCUCCAUAGUAUGUAUAUUGGUUUAGGGAGGGAAGCUAGGGCUGAAAACUAUGGCUAGUUAGUUGAGGACUAAGUAGU